UAGACGAAAGGCACUGGAGCUUGCCAUGUGUUUUGGCAUAGAUAACUGAAAACUGGUGGAAACUGUAAAAAUGAUCCUGACAGCUAUCGAUAUACCCACAGAAGGUGUUAGACACGUGCAGGAUGAAACUGUAGCUUUUGUGGACGAUACUAGUCAGGGAAAUGGGUCAUUAUACGUGACAGAAAGUUUGCUAACUUGGAGGAACAGUAAUGGGCAGGGAUUCUCCCUACAGUAUCCUGCCAUUAGUCUUCACGCUGUCUCCCGGGACCUGAUGGCUUUUUCACAGGAAUGUCUAUAUUUAAUGGUGGAUGGGAAACUAACAGAUGACACCGAGUCUGGUCGGAGAUCUUCAUCUGAUGAGGAAGUUGUGGGGCCCUAUGAGGGGGAUACGCCCACAACAGAGGUCCGAUUUGUCCCUGCUGACAAAGGCUCUUUGGAUGCUAUGUUUAAUGCUAUGUCUGACUGUCAAGCCUUACACCCAGAUGAACAAGACACAGACUCAGAAGCAGAAGAGUUCGAUGCUAAUUAUUAUGAGGGGGAAGAGGGAGAGCAGCACCUGACAAUGGAGGGACAGAGGACAUUACAACAUCUAGAGAACUUACUCCUCAAUGGACAGGGGGAUGGGCCAACUCACCAAAACACCAACGGUAAUGAAGGAAAUCCAGAUCCUAUGGACCAGGAUCAGUUUGCUGAUGCUGAUCAGUGAUGUAGAUAAAGCUGCAUUAGACAUUUAGGAGCUGAUAGAACAUUCACAUCUCUCCAAAAGGGUUUAUGCAGAAAUGUAUUGGAUGGUUGGAAUAUCUGUGUCACGUGUUUGUCACCAUCAAUAUUGGAUACAUUGUGACAAACACUGUUUUCUGUCAUAAUUGAAGAGGAAUUCAUCAUCAAUCCUUGGACCUGGAACUAGAAGUUCAGUGUUUGUGUAUAUAAAAUUGGCAGCUUUCAUUGUUAUUUUUGACAUCUUUGUAAUACACCACAACUAUAAUUUUAUCUUUAGUAAACGUUUACCAUAAAAAUUAUAUUGUGUUGGAUUUUCAAGAAUACGAUUAAAUGUGUUCAAAUUUAUAAAUCUGGUGUUUGAGUGAAGGAGUGUCUCCAAUAGUCCCUUGCUGUAAAGAUCCACUUGAUCUAUUUCUAUUUGUUCUACUAUUAAGUUGAUUCAUAUUUUUAUGUGUCUUUUGUGAGCAAAUUCUUUUUAACAACCAAAAGUAUAUUUUGUACAACAAAUGCCCUUGAUUUGCCACAGGCUAGAAAUUUACGAAGUGCUUUAUUAUUUUGAAAUGUAGAACUUGAUUGUAAACGGCAUACUAUAUACAGGGUUAUUUUCACCCUGUGCUAUUUUUGCCCUUUCACAUUUGCAUACAAUAUUGUCCCGAUUUAAAUUUGCGCAGUUUUUAAGAUAAAAUAAUGGUUUACUUUUAAUUCACCCCAUUUUAAAUUCGCACUUUCAACGAGGGCGAAAGGGGCAAAAAUUUCCCUGAAUACAGUAUUCAAAAUGUUAAAGAUAAAUUUUAUUUGAUGGCUUAUUAUUUCAGUUGUGUAAUAAUAUCUAACUUUUACAUCAACUGAAUCUUUCAAAAUAUUAAUGUUUUGUUUGUAUAUGAAGUGUAAUCCAGAAUAAAUGCUUUUUAUUAAUGGUGAAA